GGUGGUGAGGAUCUAAAAUCGAUUGCAGUUUCCCCAACUAAGGGCUACUUGUCUAGGUCUGGAAGUUCCCAAGAACAAUGCAGGCAAGUUUCAGAUUGGUAGUCGAAGGUGUAUGUGAAGUCCUCCUUUGCUAUAAUUGUGUGCCAAAGCUACGCACCUACACAUAUUUUGCACCACCACCAUCAAAUGCUCCUCGUCUUUCACUCCUCAUAGAUAAAUGCAAAUCCAUGCACCAACUCAAACAAGUGCAUGCUCAGAUGAUCAUUUCGGCUCGCAUCCAUGACAACUUUGCCACCAGCCGCCUACUUUGCUUUUGUGCACUCUCUCAAUUUGGGGAUCUCAAUUAUGCAUUCAGAAUCUUCAGUAGCGCCUGUCAUCCCAAUAGCUUCAUGUACAACACACUUAUUAGAGCUCUAGCUGGCGGCCCAAGUCCCCUUGAAGCUUUGCUCCUUUUCAUUGACAUGAGGAGGCUUGGUGUUGUACCUGGGAAACACACCUUCCCAUUUCUUCUUAAGGCAUGUUCUAACUCCUACUCCUUGCAACAUUGCCAACAAGUUCAUGCCCAGAUUCUAAAAUUUGGAUUGGAUAUUGAUUUACACGUGAUUAAUGGGUUGGUGAGGGGUUACUCUGUUUCAAACAAUUUGGUUGAAGCACGUUUUUUGUUUGAUGAAUUUCCAGAGAAAAAUUUGAGCCUUUGGACAACAAUAAUCAGCGGAUAUGCUCAAAGCUAUUGUUCAAACGAGGCUUUGAUGCUCUUUAAUCAGAUGAUUGCCCAAGGCUUUGAACCAAAUGGUGCAACUUUGGCUUCAGUUCUGUCUGCUUGUGCACGAGCUGGCUGUCUUGAUUUGGGGGAAAGAAUUCACGAAUUUAUGAAGAAUAAAGGGGUUCAAGUGGGGGUGAUUCUUGGUACAGCAUUGGUUUACAUGUAUGCAAAGAAUGGGGCAAUUACAAAGGCUCAAAGGUUAUUUGAAAGUAUGCUUGAAAGAAAUAUUGCAACUUGGAAUGCUAUGAUAUGUGGGUUGGCUACUCAUGGGCAUGCUAAAGAUGCCCUUAUUCUCUUCCAGAAGCUGACAAAGGAGCAGCUUGUACCAAAUGAUGUCACAUUCAUAGCGGUUCUAUCUGCCUGUUGUCAUGCUGGCUUGCUUGAUGUUGCACGUGACAUCUUUCAAUCCAUGAAGCCAAUUUAUGGUAUUGAACCAAAGAUUGAACAUUAUGGAUGCAUGGUUGAUCUUCUUGGAAGAGAAGGCAAGCUGUUAGAGGCAGAGGAGCUGAUAACAGAUAUGCCAUGGAAAGCUGAUGUGGUUAUUUUAGGAGCUUUAUUGGCAGCUAGCAAAAACAAUGGAAAUACUAAGCUUGCUGAAAGAGUGGUCAAAGAAAUCCUGGCUCUCGAACCUCAUAAUCAUGGAGUUCAUGUUGCCUUGUCAAAUAUGUAUGCAGAAUCUGGGCAAUGGCAACAAGUCUUGAGAAUGAGGAAGAUGAUGAAAGAAGAGAAACUCAAGAAAGCACCAGGAUGGAGCCUCGUGGACACUUAAAUAUGUCAGCAAGAAAAAGAAGAAAGUUUGAUAGAUCUUGGAUGUCAGUGUCGGGGUGGAUUGGCAAAAGCGCAUCAAACAUGCAUAGAAACCUGGUUUCGCACAAGAGGAUCUAACACAUGCAAGUAGCUCAGAAUGUGUCACCUCCUGAAUCCCAGCCAAAUAGCGUUCUGGUAUUGCUGCUAAGAUUGAAAGGUUAUUUUGAAAUAGAGAUAAUUAGUAGCCUUAAAAUACAAUGCAAUUAGCCAAAGUAUGAUUAAACCAUAACUUUAAUAGUGAAUUGUUUUUCAUUUUAACUUUAAUAUGAUUACAUCACUCAAGAUGGGGAGCACCACAGGGUGGUCAAGAGUUAAACGCGACAGAUCACACCACAGAUUGGCAAAUUGAAUUCAAAACAAGUCAACCGUGGGGAAUCAUAAUUUACCUGAAAAUCCUUUUGAUUGGGUUUGUAGGGGUUGCCAUGCUUGUGGGCUUCAAAAUAGGUGACAGAUUACUGGGUAUGGAGGAUUGACCCGACAAUGAGGACACAGGAUCGUGAAAGGGGAUGUUUUAGUCCUCUC